AUGACGCGCAUUCAAAGGCAGCCUAGUGCUGCCCGCGCUCAGAAUGGCUUGGCCAGAGCCAAGUUUCGAAAGCACAAAGUCAUUAUGGAGAGUAUCACUCAGAAGAGGAAGAAGCUGCGGAGCAUCAUAUACUUUGAGGCCGAAGCCCCUCCAGGCUACACCUUCAUCUCUGCAGGCAAUCCCAAGUUUACCUCUGUUUGUAAGGAGAUGUGCCGGAAACAUGGACUCCAGGUAUUUGCGGUCACUACAACUCCUCAUCAAAACACGCAUGGCCUAUCCCAACAAGUCCAUCGUGUGGGGUACCAUUUUCCUAGCACUGUUGUAGCCACGGCCUGUAUGGAGCUAGGCUUUCAUCUCACAGAGAAAGGAAAUGUAUUGUCAAUUGACAAUUUCAACACAGCUUCAGCUAGUUGUCGAUCCGAAGCAGAGUUUUCUCAAACCAUUAUCGACAAGGAAGCGAGAGACGUCAUUCGAGAUCUGUUCCCCAACAUUCCCGACGAUGAUACCGACCAAAUAAUCAAAACUGCUUUCCAAAAGGGCCAACGCAAAGUCGGCACGGCAGCUGAGCUACCACUCGCACGGAGGGCACAGUUAGCAGUUGUGGCUCAUAUACGACACAUCUAUACUGAAUACGACCAACUCCUCAAAAAGACCUCAUUCCAGGAGGCGAGACGAAGGGUCGAGGACUCUACCUUGGAAAGACUGGUUCAGUGGCGAGGCGAAGACGAGAAUGGUAUGCCGGAGCUUGAAGACGUCUUUCGCGAGGUCAUUAUUAUUUCAGAUGACGAGGAUGAGGACGACGAAGGAAGCCAUUCGAGCCACUCUUCGGAAUUCGAAACCAUUAAUCGCGACCCUAGUGUUGAAAUACUAUCCAGCAAAGUUAUUACCGACAGACUUGAAGCGGCGGGUGAAAAAGACACCAAUCUAGUGACAACUCCUCUAGAGAGCACGGGCACCGGGGAAUUCACAGGAAGGUAUACCAUUGUACAAAGAGUUCCGGCUCAGAAAUUCAACAAAUCCAAAGUUGAUCGCCGAGGCUUCAACCGCUAUCAAGCCUGGGAUCGGGCCAUGGGUCGCUACCGGGAGGGGAAAUCAACCCAAGGCCACAAGCAUGACCCCUUUGUCAAUCACGGGGUGUCUCGAGAAGGUAAUAUCGGUCAGCGACCUUUGAAUGAUGCAGCCGAUGAACGUCUGAAGCGCCAUCACAUACCGAUAGAAUCGCCCCCUCUCCCACGACACCAAGCUCCAGACAUCCUUCAUUUCCCCGACGGGUCUAUAUUCAGUAAGAUUCCCCCCAGCAUUCCCGAAGAAAGAGUAGCGCAUCCGGCAAACUUUCCGCCCAAACCUCUAUUUGUGGCCGGUCCCAGAUUUCCGUCUCAUCGACAUGAUGAAAACCCCCGAAAACGCAUUCAUCCGUCGGGGAUUCUAGCCACGAAUUACGACAGAGACAAUUCAUCUUUCCAGGAUAACACAAUCCUUACCUCAAUUGAGCAUCCGGAAUUUCUCAAUACUGAACGGCCCCCAGUAAGGAGCAGAGCCAACGAUUCUACGCAUGCUCAAAGAGGAACCUAUGACAAUUCUACAACGGCACGUGAACGGCCCUUUGAAGACCUCUCGAGGCGAAUCGACGUUAUCAACCUUGAUGAUGAUAGCAGUGAUCACCCAAAGCGAAGACGCUUGGAACCUCGGCAUUCUCUCUCCAGUAUUCGUCGCCCAUCAUCUUGUGGAAAUGAUGAUCUCUUUCAGCGUGUUGAGAAACCACAGCUAGACCCUCGUCGAUAUGUGGGGCCAAUUCUAGAUGAUAAUGCGAUGUAUAGAGUGCCUGCUAUAAGUCGAGAAGCAACCCUUUUAACAAGGGGUAAUUCGGAACAAACAGUGCAUACAAUAUCUCGCUCUAGGUUAUCACUUGAGAGACCAUCUAUGGAAGUGAUUCGAGAGCCUUCCGAAAAUUUUCACAGAGAAGAUGGUCUUCACAUUGUGAAUCCACGUCUUGAUACACACAGGCCGAAUAAAGUUCUAGUGCCCAGGAACAACGGUUACAUGGUUGAGCCUUCACGGACCACAACUAAUCGAGAAACUCAUAGAUUAUACAGACCAAGCCCUGGACAUGGCUCAGAUAGUUCGGGAUGGUGGGCCAAAGCUAACUCGUACGAAACGCAAAGAGAGAUUAUCAAUAACGAAGACCCUUUGCGAGCUGGUAACGUGCACAGCUCCCAGCUACACCCUAUUUGGCCACAACUGGGUGAGCGAAACCAGCUUGGUGUUCCGCAUAACCAGGUAGAUUCGAGAUCGACUUCUCGAUCCUCAAAAGACCCUGGAACCAGGGAUUGGACUCCUCCAGCUUCUCAUCAAUUGCACAGUCCCCGCCCUACCUCGCAGAAUUCAGUCUUUGUUACCCAAAAGAAGAAAGAUACCCUUCCUGUCUCAGCUAUCAGAAGGUACGAAGUGCAAUUAGAGAAGUCGAGGAACUAUUAA